GGUGUGUCGUCCCGUAUUUUAGUCUUGUUUACUUUGCUCCUCGUUUCAGUCCGUAAAUGACCAGUGCCAUUUGAUUAGUUCGUCGUUUCUCCGAUCCGGGCUCGUUUCCUUCGUUUUUGCUUCCCCCAAAGUCGCCGACCUCCACCUCACCAUGUCCACGAUCUUGGAGACGAACAAUAAGUGCAAUCUAUCCGCGGUUCUCUACCAAAAGAAUGAUCUCAGGAUGGAACAAAAACCAAUCCUUGAACCCAAAGAAAAUGAGGUUCUGAUUCAAAUGCAUUGCGUUGGCAUUUGCGGCUCCGAUGUCCACUAUUUGACCCACGGAAGAAUUGCAGACUUCAUUGUCAAAGACCCAAUGAUCAUCGGUCACGAAGCCAGUGGAAUCGUUUACAAAGUUGGAGAAAAAGUCAAAACUCUCAAACCAGGUGACAGAGUAGCCAUCGAACCCGGUGUACCUUGCCGUACCUGCUCUUUCUGCAAAGAGGGUAGGUACAAUCUGUGCUCGCAAAUCUACUUCUGCGCUACCCCACCGGAUCAUGGAAAUCUUAGCCGAUUCUACGUUCACGCUGCUGAUUUCUGCCACAAAUUACCCGACCACGUGAGCAUGGAAGAGGGUGCACUGCUGGAGCCAUUAUCAGUGGGAGUCCACGCUUGCAAGCGAGCGGGAAUCACUAUUGGCUCAAACGUUCUCAUCACAGGCGCCGGCCCCAUCGGACUUGUCUCUCUCAUCACUGCAAAAGCCAUGGGAGCUCGCAGAGUCAUAAUUACAGAUAUCCAAGAACACCGACUGACCGUAGCUAAACAAUGUGGCGCAGAUUACACCGUGCUAAUUCAUAAAGGAGAUGAUGAGCAAGAAUUGGCCAGGAGAAUCCACGAAGAACUUGGCGAAGCCCCAGACAAGACGAUCGACUGUAGUGGAAUUGAAACCACCAUUGCGCUAGGGAUUGAGGCCACCAAAAGCGGCGGAGUGAUUGUCAUUGUAGGAUGCGGCCCUAACAACGUUCGAAUUCCUUUAAUCAAGGCUCUCUCUCGAGAAGUAGACAUUAGAGGAGUUUUCCGCUACGCCAAUGACUAUCCAGCUGCAUUGGCGAUGGUGGCCUCAGGGAAAGUGAACAUCAGACAGCUUAUCACUCACAAUUAUGUGUUGGAAGACACCCUCUCGGCGUUCGAAACGGCAAAAACUGGGGCAGGUGGAGCCAUCAAGGUCAUGAUCCACUGCAAAGAAGGGAUUACACUCGAAAAUGCCAUUCUCAACCAAGGAUAAUUCACUCGGGGUAAUUAGGGAGGUGUGCUCAUGCUCAUUGUCAGUUCAGAACAAUUUAUCGAUGCUCAAAGUCGAAAAAUGCGCGAGUAUCUCCGAUUGCGACUUUGUAAAUUUGCCAUGCGUGUUUUAUUUUUUAGAAGGGAACGAACCAAUAAAGUGCUUUUUCUUGGAAUUUUCUUUACUCAGUCAAAAAAAAAAAAAUUAUAGAUAAUUGCAAUUGUAUAUUUCGGUUCAUUGUUUUCCAGGAAGAAUAAGACAUGAUUGGAGUUUUUUCAAAGGUAUAUUUGGAGGUACGCUUUUUUCAUUCUUUCAAAAGAGCCAUUGAUAUAAUACGGUCGAUCAGGUCCAAUCGACUUCGAAUGAGGCGCAAUUAUUAUAAUGAAUCGUGCGUUGAAGUCGUUCAAUGAGAACAUGACGAUAGGUAUUGUUCAGACAACGAGUGAAUAAUGCCACGUUACAUGAGCCUGCUUGCCUCAAUUUCUCCUGCAUUCAAAUUCAAGAUGGCUGCUCGCGGCUCCUUCUGUACAGGAAGGGCCUUGACAGAACGCAUAAGCCCUAUCAUGAGACUCAAAAACUUUCGUGUGUAUAACGUCUUUAAGUGACAGCGAAGCACAUCGGAAAGACAAACAUAUAAACAAAAUGGUUGUGAAUAUUAUGUAAAUUGUUAUAGCUUUUUUUAGUUUCUUCAGGUCAUACAGAAGUUUUAUUUGAUUACAGGUGCAAUGUUACUAGGUAAUGUAAGAAUAGUUACGUUCAGGAUUAAUAAUUAAUUAUUUUUCUUUGAAUGUAGCGCAUUUUUAUACUUGCUAUUUCAAGGGCACUGAAAUAUUGUAUUGUCUCACAUAUAUAUCAUAUCAAUCAUUAAUUUAUUCAAUUUUAUAUUUUAAGGAACCGUGCUAUGCGUUUUUCGUAUAUUGAGGUAACAGUGAUAAUAUUUAUUUCUGCCAUGAGGUGAAUGAGAGAGUCGUUUUUUGAUAACUGUCACUCCAGUUUUAGGAGUAAAGUUCGAUAUGGUAAUCAUUGAAGUAAUAUUCAGAAAAUAUUUUUCUACUCUAAUCCUAUUUCCUUUUUGAAAAUACAAUAUCACGAUUUACGUGAAUAUUUUAUGGCCCUGCUCCAAAAGUCAGGAUUAUUUUUGGAAAUUAACAGUCAGUCACAUAUACCCACAUCUUUCCUUUCGGAGAAAGCACCUAAUGGGAAUUACAUUUACCAGAGAUUAAAAACCGACAAGUCAAAACUUUACACAGAAAUAGAUAAAAUUAUAGAACCCUAGAAAAUCUGUCAUAAUACAUUAUGUUGUACCUAUUGUUACUAAAAUGCAUGAUCCCAGACAGCUUAACAAAAAACCCUUAAAGAAGAGUAUAUUUAGUAACGCACAUAUAACAGGCCUCUCAACAUUUUAUCACUUUUUUCUCAAAUGAUCCUUCUAUUGUAGUGGUGCCUGAGUUUGCAGGUUUUCUCAAUCACCCCAUCAAACAUUUGUUUUUCUUUUAUUUUUCAUAUUUUAUUUUUUGAUUCACGUUGUUAUUUUGUCAUUCGUGUAUUUUAAUGAGAGUAUAUAAAUGAUUUACCUGUCUAGUAUGUAAGAUUUAAUGUACCUAAAUAAGUCUGCAAGUCGUUAGCACAUGUGAUUUUAAUUAUACGUAAAUGAAAAGCGUG